AUGAUCAAAAAGGCACACAAGCUUGACCACGGAGGAAACCUCAUGAUGGCAGCUUUGCCUCACGGCGACCUUCAAAUCUCAAUAACGUUUACUGGAAGCCAUAGGAAUGAACGAACAGGUAAGGCUCUCAAGAAGCUCUAGUUCAUGUACAAAAAGGCUAAUUCGGGGUGAGCAGUCAUUACAACACUUGUAGAUCGAGCGGCGUGCAAAAAUGUCAAACAUGCACUGACACGGCGUAAAGUACACGUGGAACUUAAUACAUUUCAUAUUGGCUCUGAAAUCUCAUAUCAUGAGCGUAAUCUACGCAAAAACCUACAAUGUGAAUGUAUUAUUUGUGCAUUUUAAACUCGUGUGAGAAUUAAAUGUGAGUUCACCAGUCACUGAUACUUGAGGUUCGAUGAGCAUUCAAAAGAGCCAUAUAAAAAACUACAAUUGAUAUUGAUAACCAUUGCGAAGGUAAUAAAAUUUUUCCUUACACAAGCUAAAUUACCCAUGUAUUUUGAUUGGUUCUUACUUAUGAUCUAAUGGAGGAUAGAUGCAUAAAUGACAUAUCUCACAGGUGACAAUGUUAAGUUUUUUAUCAUAUAAAACAAGUAGCUUCAAUGUUGCUGUCGGUCUGUACAGCAAUAGUUCAUAGUGGAUGUCAAAAUAUGCUGAGAACAUCACUGACACACUCAGCUACGCUUCAUGUUUCAUUUUGUUGUUCCUAUCACAUUCUGAUGUCAUCUGUGAUCUAUUACUGACCACACGAAAAGUAACAUAGAAUUUAUUUUUUAAGGCGAUCAAUUGACCUGUAUAAAGGUUGUGAAUAUUUCUUUGAAUAUUUGUGCUGGAUAGAAUAAUACAAAGAAACUCUGUGUACCCUUGUUUGUUAUUUUCUAGGCAUCACUUUAAAAUCUUGCUUAGCAUAGAACCCUAUCAUUCAAACAAAAUAACAGUUUUCAGUACAGAAGUCUAUUUUAAGAAAUAACCAAGUUGUAAAGAGCCUGAAUUACUUGCAUAUACAAUUUGACUUUCUAUGUCUAGUAAAUUUAUUUUUUGUGUUUCUGUCUCUAGAUUUUGAAGUUGACCAAUCCCUUCAAUAUAUGGCAAAUACCUUUAGUAUUGAGUUAGCUGGCAACCUCUACUACUUGUGUGCAGAAGGGGACAAGGUGUUUCUACAGGUAAGCUAAGGCAUGCUGUACAUGUUAUUGGUAUAGAAUAAUUGCCAGUGUUAUCUCCUUGCUGUAACUAGCUGGGAUGAAGUUCGCAAGUGGAAUGAACCUCCCUAUACUCAAAAGAGUGGGAUGUUAUUGUUUAAAACUUUUUCUUUUAUUAGAAAAAUGGAGACCUUUAAACCCUUUUGCUUCAAGAAAUGAUUAACAUGCAACUUCUUUCUAUGAUAGACAUACAUUAUUUUGCAAACAGGUAUUGAGAAUACUCAAACUCAUCAGGUGGAGGUUGUUAUCAUGAUCUAACAACAAAUUCUUGUAAUCAAUAUACAAGGAAAAGUGUAGCAGUCAGAGGGGAGAAUUAACAAUCAGAUCUUGGGAGUGAAAGGUUUAAGGCAUAGCUGUUAAGCCUUUUGCAUUCACUUAUAUACUUUCAUCCUGAGUAUACUGAAUUAAAUCUGGAAAAUUAUUCAUGGUAGAUUUGAACCAGUGUUCAGAUUAGUUUUUUAAAUUUAAAUUUAAUCUAUUCUGUUCUUCAUUUUUGCUUCUAGAAACUGGUUGCCAAACAACCUAAUGACAUAAAAUACAUGUUUGAAGUUAAAUAUGUAAAUGAUAGCAGUGGUUACAUGUCUAUUAAAUCAGUAAACACUGGGAGGUACCUUGCUAGUGAUGAGGAUGGCAAAGCAUAUAUGGAGGAAGUCAACCCCUCCUCAUUGGUUCAUGGCCAGCCAACAGACAGACAAACAUGGUUUUAUCUGCAUCGCAUGGAAACAGUGAAAAGGGAAAGAGAAAGUACCUUACACAGUUGUUACUGCGAUGGUGCAAGUCUUGACUAUUCAGUCCUGUAUCAAACUCAAGUGGAAGCUUGUUAGGUGUUAAUAAGUUGUACUGUUAAAAUACAUGUACAGAAAUAAGUUAGGAGAAUUUUAAAAUUUUUUCAAUCUUGAGACUAUUUUGUACUAGGAGUUCAAAGAUUUCUCAUUUUGUUUUUUAAACAGAGUAUAUUUAUUUGUUUUUGAGAUAUACUUUUGAUAAGCAUUUAACAUUUUGAGAUGUAAUGAAGAAGAAAUAAGC